CCAAUGAGAUCUUCUGGCGGGGACUUGGUGGGCGGGCCGUAGACUCCGGUAUAAGGCGGUCCCGGGGGCGUGAGGAGAAAGGGGGGGGUCUCAGCGGCCGGAGGAGGAGUAGGUGCUGGUGAAGAUGGCGGCAGCUGAGGCCGCGAACUGCAUCAUGGAGAAUUUUGUAGCCACCUUGGCUAAUGGGAUGAGUCUCCAGCCGCCUCUUGAAGAAGUUUCCUGUGGCCCUGCGGAAACCAGUGAGAAGCCCAAUGCAGAGGACAUGACGUCCAAAGACUACUACUUUGACUCCUAUGCCCACUUCGGCAUCCACGAGGAGAUGCUGAAGGAUGAAGUGCGGACCCUCACGUACCGCAACUCCAUGUUCCACAACCGGCACCUCUUUAAGGACAAAGUGGUGCUGGAUGUGGGCUCGGGCACGGGGAUCCUCUGCAUGUUCGCUGCCAAGGCAGGAGCCCGAAAGGUCAUCGGGAUCGAGUGUUCCAGUAUCUCUGAUUAUGCCGUGAAGAUCGUCAAAGCCAACAAGUUAGACCACGUGGUGACCAUCAUCAAGGGGAAGGUGGAGGAGGUGGAGCUGCCAGUGGAAAAGGUGGACAUCAUCAUCAGCGAGUGGAUGGGUUACUGUCUCUUCUACGAGUCCAUGCUCAACACUGUGCUCUACGCCCGCGACAAGUGGCUGGCGCCCGACGGCCUCAUCUUCCCUGACCGGGCCACGUUGUAUGUGACAGCCAUUGAGGACCGGCAGUACAAAGAUUACAAGAUCCACUGGUGGGAGAAUGUGUAUGGCUUCGACAUGUCCUGCAUCAAGGAUGUGGCCAUCAAGGAGCCCCUGGUGGACGUGGUGGACCCAAAGCAGCUGGUCACCAAUGCCUGCCUCAUAAAGGAGGUGGACAUCUACACUGUCAAGGUGGAAGACCUGACCUUUACCUCCCCAUUCUGCCUGCAAGUGAAGCGGAACGACUACGUGCACGCGCUCGUGGCCUACUUUAAUAUUGAGUUCACACGCUGCCACAAGCGGACCGGCUUCUCUACCAGCCCCGAGUCCCCAUACACACACUGGAAGCAGACAGUGUUCUACAUGGAGGACUAUCUGACGGUGAAGACAGGCGAGGAGAUCUUUGGCACCAUUGGCAUGCGGCCCAACGCCAAGAACAACCGUGACCUGGACUUCACCAUCGACCUGGACUUCAAGGGCCAGCUGUGCGAGCUGUCCUGCUCCACCGACUACCGGAUGCGCUGAGGCGGCACCCAGGGCCUGUGGCAUUCUUAGGCAGUUUGGGGUCCCCCUUCCUCUCCCUCCCUCCCACAGAAGGGGGUUGCUGGGGCUGGGGGCAUGGGGAGGGCACAUCGUGACUGUGUUUUUCAUAACUUAUGUUUUUAUAUGGUUGCAUAUACGCCAAUAAAUCCUCAGCUGGGACCUGGCUCAGUUUCCUGGGUGUGCAGUGGUUUGGGGCUCUCUUCAGGUGCUGGGUGCCAGCUCAUACAGCCCAGAGGAAGGGACUGGGGGCCUGCUGGUCUUCUUUUGAGACAAGGUCUUGCCAAGUCACUGAAGUUGCCCAAGC